CGUAGCGCCCAGACUGCGGCCAGCGGCGCGGGGUCCGCCGGUAAUAACGGAACGUCCGAGGCCGACCGGCCCGUUCCGUUAUUGGAGAGUGCUAGUGGUGAAAUUACAUUUUUUUUCUUAAAAAAGGCUUUGUUAAUAGAAAAUAAGAUUAAAAUAUUUGCUUAGAAAAUUUUAAAAAUACAAAUAACAAUUAUGUUAAUACAUAUUGUACAUUUCUUAUUUAAUAUUUUAUUAUUUUGCUCCUCUAUAAACGCAACCCGGCGUGCGCCAUUCCGGAUUCCCGUUGGUGUUAGAGGCAUUUAUCUGAUCGUCCUUGUGAUAUUGCGCUUAUUCAGGCUAUUAUACAGUAUCGUAGCUACCUGAACUACGGUUCUUCGAGUCUGAAAUGGGAAAAAGUCGGGCGAAGCACAGUCUGCGAGUUCUCCAUAUCGGUGGUGAGCACCUGACGAUUCUCCGGAGGCUGGCUGCCCGCGCUGCAAAGACCACAAAGAGGGACCACUUCACAGUACAGCAAGUGUGCACUGCUCCGCAAGUCGCCCUGUUCAAGGAGCACAAAGCUGUGUUUGAAGGCCUGAUAAAGGACUCGUGCACGGUAAAAGACGGUAACCUCGUCGUGUUUGCGGAGUCAGUGACUCUGAGUGUGCGGAAGAAGCCUAGCGUGGACUUGUACACGGUGACGGCAAAAAUCCACGUGCGCCGUGACCUAAACAUUUAGCUCAAGAUGUUCCAGCUUGGUGUGCCGCUGGGUGAGGUCGUUGAGUUUUUGAACGUUGGUAGACGCCGACAUGUUGUGAUAGAAGAGGCAUCGAUUGAGCAGUUUUUAAAAGAAAAGGUAGCAGCAUCUCUUCCAGCAUCAGCAAAGGUAGACAUCCAGAAUGUGAAAUCCAUCUGUCAGUAUCUUAGGAGGCUGACAAAACGUGCUACUGCGGGAUCAAAACAAGUCAAGCAGCUGCAAGCAAAAGUGGCAAAGGCGCCUCCCAUCAAGGUUCAGUACUUUGUUGGUGAUGAAUCGAUCAAGGCGUUUGUGGACUGCCUGCAAAUGAACAUUCGCCGCCUGGAAAGCAGCCAAUCCAAGAAGAAGUCCAAGAAGAAGAGUAAGCCGCCAAAAGCGCCAGGAAAAAGCCCACGGAACAUCCGGAGGAUGAAGAGCAUGGUGCUGAAAGAGUUGAAGGAAAAGACAGGACAGGAGCAUGUUCUGGUGUCUAAGGAGUCUCCAAGGAAGACCGUCACCAGGCUUGAUCAGGCGGGAGUCAGCCUCAGAAAGUACCGCCAACUGAAGCUGUCCAACCAACCAUCCGAGAAAAAGCUGACAACGGCCAGGAACACUCUAAAUGAGCAUGCCACCGACGUGGGCAUGCUCCUGAAGAAUCUCCUGUCGAAAUGUCGGUGCGACGGGCCUGCCCGUGUGAAGGUGUCAGUGGACGGACAUAACCCGUCGCGCAACAUUAGCGCAGUGACAUUCUCGCUGUCCCUGGUGUGCGAGAGGGAUACACAAAGCUCCAAGUACAUCGUGCCUGUUAUCAGUCUCCCCGGUGCAGAGACCUACGAGCUGGUGAGAGACUCGAGCGCCUGGGAGCAAAUUGAGCGUGAGCUCAAUGCAGUGAUUGAUGUAGGGGGUCGCCACGUGAAUGUGGAGUACUAUCUGUGCGCGGACUUGAAGUCCAUUCUGCUGUACCUAGGGUACAAGAGUGCUAAUGGUAGAGACGUGUGCAUUUAUUGCAGCUGCAAUAAGGGCAGGUGGGGUGCGUGCUGUGCGGACGGGAAGUGCCAGGCGAGGUUCCGUCAGGCACCAGAUGGUUCGAUCGCGUUGCCUGCACUGCGACCCAGUGACCCGGGUUACAAGCAGCCGCCGCUUGUGGACAUUACGAGAUAUAAGUUUGUGAUCAUUGACAUUUUGCACUUGUACUUACGUGUAACUGAUCAGCUGUUCGUGCGCUGCUGUAACUUUAUGGAUAAGCGACAGAUCGGUGAAUUCCUAGCCGUGUGUCAGCACCAUAAGUUAAGCGCGUUCCAUCUUCGCGAUGAGAACGGAAAGCUGAGAUUUUCAAAUCUGGAUAAGUCCAAGAGAGAGAAGAUGAUGGAAGCCGUCUUCCUGAAAGAGGCAGUGCUGCGCACGCUGAUGCCACCGUCUAGGGCAGAUCGGGUGAUUGCUGUCGUGGAGAAGUUCCAGCAGGUGUGGAAGCUCAUCAACUCCGACGCACCCAACCUCGAGCAGCUGCAAGCAUCGGUAGUGGCCUUCACAAAGCAGUUUCGGAAGUCGUUUGCCUCAGACGAGCUUCCAAACUAUGUGCACAUGAUGUGCCAUAUACCACUGCUGAUCGAACAUUUUGGAUCGCUACGAGCGUUCCAGCAGCAGCGAGUGGAGGCGCUGAACCACGCCAUAAACGUCAGGGUGAGGAGCGUCACCAGGCCGGGUGCCAUCCAGAUGCAGCAAGCCGUUCAGGCGGUGAACAGAUCAUUGUGGUAUGUGUGAGUGUGUGGAAUGAUGCGGAGAAAACGGUGCUGACUGAUGUGAACUGAUGUUUCGGCCUAGGUGAAAACGCCAGUGAUUUAACUGUGUGUAUUGUAAUGUGUGCUGCGUUCAUCAAGAGCGCUGAUGUUUCGUGGUUUGUAUUGUAAUGUAUGUAAAUAACUGUAUCUAGUAGUACGUCGGUCCUUUAGUAUGCAAGGCGUGCAGUGCUGCUGAGGAGAUGAGAUUGAUCGUGAACCGGUGUUCGAUUUUAGGUGAAGACCCGCAUGUUUUUACCUUCGUGUUGUACUGUAGUUUAAUAACUGUAUUAACCCUUGCCUGGAAUGAUAUGCGAUUUCAUAAGGCACGCGUAAUGUACGAAAUAUGUGCACGCCCAUUUGCCGUAUAUUGUUUGGUUGCUCGAUUUGUCUUUUGUCUACGCAUCAACAUCGUUGUCAAGAGCGUUCUGGAGGGCGCUCGCGAUGCUAAGUUGAAGUUCUACGAUUCAUGAUGUGACUAGCAACCGCUUGUUUAGUUUUCUCAUAUUUGUAUCUGCUCUGUUUGCAAGUAAACUGCACCUGCAAUGCAUGUAAGCAAACUGUGUGUUCCUACCUGGUUUGUAAAUAUACUAUUGAGGUUCCCAAUA